AUGUCGGAAAACCCAGAUAAAUCCCCUUUACUAUCUCAUUCGCAACGCCCUGGUUCUCCAAUCCCGUCCAUUCGGUCUGGUUCCCCAGCCCCUGGCUCCCUUCCAAGGCAUAUUACAACAGCCCGCCUUGCUACACCCAUCCCAUCGUCAUUUGAUGGACAGAGCCAGAGCCAGAGCCAGAGCCCCCGCGCAAUUCCUAUUUCAAAUGGGCUAUCGUUGGACCAAAUCACCCUUCCCCCUAGGGCUCAUGCGUUCUCACUCCAUGGUCCUGGUCAUUCCGCUUUAGCAUCUGCUCUACAGCACGAUUCCGUACAGAGAAAGCCCUCAGGGAACACCUCUCCACCCUCAACAAAAUCCGAUUCGCCUCCUUUCCCCCCUGCGAAAUCGACGUAUGGGUCCUUCGAUGCCAGAUCCGGUAAAGACGGUGGAUCAGACCAAGCUGCUGGGACGAUGGAAAACCCAGAUAUAGUAAGGAGGCAUUUGGUUCAGCCGCAACAUGACUCGGAUAACCGUGCGUCAGGACAGAGUUCGGACUCUUCGAGGAAUGCGGGACCGAAUGAGGAGUUUUCUAGUCUUCAACUCCAGGGGGGGGAUAUUACAAGACCUAUCUAUCGAUGGGCUGAGGAACUAGCUGGACAGGGCACCAAUGGUUCUCGUCGCAGACGCAGUUUUGAUAUAGCUCGACCAGAGCCCGAGAGUGAGGUCCUGGACAUCAAUACGAUCAAAGUUCCUGGAGGUUUCCGGAGAGAUUUUCUCCGUCGUGUUGCUGGUCCCGGGGAUUUACAAGAUCUUCACGCCGCUGAACAAGGUGAACAUCAAAACGGUAGACCAGUUCUACUUACGAACAAUUUCCUAGAGUUCCUGACUCUAUAUGGCCACUUUGCAGGAGAGGAGUUGGAAGAGGACGACGAGGCACUGGGACCGGAUGAGUACUUUGCCCCUGACCUAUGGAGUCAUCGGGAGUCGAUGACAGAUGAGGAUAGAAGAUUGCUGGCGGAAGAGGAACCUCUCCUCCGCCCAGAGACUCCUGGAAAACCCCGUAGACCAAAGGAACGCAUUAAGCAACCGAACACCACAUCAACAGGAGCAAUGCUUCUCCUUCUGAAAUCGUUCGUUGGGACGGGGGUUUUGUUCCUGCCAAGAGCUUUCAUGAAUGGAGGAAUGCUUUUCAGCUCUGUGGUGCUCGUUUCCGUGUCCCUCCUUAGCUACUACUGCUUUAUACUCCUCGUCAACACGCGACUAAAAAUACAUGGGUCAUUCGGUGAUAUUGGCGGCGUGCUCUACGGCAAACACAUGAGACGGAUCAUUCUAGGAUCCAUUGUCCUCAGCCAACUUGGUUUUGUGUCUGCAUAUAUUGUUUUCGUUUCCCAAAACCUACAAGCGUUUGUUCUUGCUGAAUCCAUGAAAAAGCCUCAAAAGUUCCCUGGCGUCCUGGCGUUCGUGAUGUUUAUGAUAACCGCCGUAUUUCUCUCGAUGGGAGUGCUUGGCUACGCCGCUUUCGGCUCCAAGACUGAAACCGUCGUCUUACUUAACCUGCCGCAGGAUAGUAAGGUGGUUAACGGGAUUCAAUUCCUGUAUUCUUUGGCGAUUCUUCUCAGCACACCGCUCCAACUUUUCCCCGCGAUCCGAAUCUUGGAAAACGAGCUGUUCACCCGCAGCGGGAAAUACAACCCAGGCAUCAAAUGGAAGAAGAACGGGUUUCGAUCCCUCCUAGUCGUGUUUUGCGCUCUCGUUGCAUGGGGUGGUGCAGCAGAUUUGGAUAAAUUUGUUGCGCUCGUCGGGAGCUUCGCCUGCGUACCAUUAGUUUACGUGUAUCCUCCAAUGCUACAUCUCAAAGCUGUUUCGACAACCGCGCGCCAGAGAUAUGCAGACAUCGGCCUCGCACUAUUUGGCAUGAUCGGAUGUGUCUACACCACCGUCCUCACCGUUUCAAAUUGGGCCGCGGGCGAAUCUUCUGGAAGCCCACGUCAUUGUUCCGUAUAA